CAUCCCCCUAUUCGCCUCUUCCCCAGCCACUUGAGCCUCGCUCCAAGCGAAGUCUGCGUGUCUAUAGACCCUGGACCAUUGCGGCACUCGAGGGCAAAGGGGAGGGGGCAGCGUGGGCGAAAUCUCUCCGGGUUAUAUAUUCUUUAUCACUUAAAGGUGGGUUACUAGAGUUCGUGUUGCCGCUGAGGACUUAAAUACGCCUCCGAAGGGCGGCAAGAGAGAGAUUAUCCACCAAGGACUGAGCCAGGUCGUUCCCAGCCGCGCAAGAGCGAGCUUGCAAUUGGCAAUCGAGAGCGCGAAUCUCCUCAUUCCCGGCACACAGAGAGAACGAGAAGGGGGCGCGCGCACCCCCCUGGCAGAGCGGCGAGAUGCCCGGAUUGUCCUCCCAGGAGCAGCUUUCUCCAGAAUUCACUACCACUACUGCCUUUGGUCAUGAGACUCAAAAUGGAUCAAUUGUUAAAGAGAAGACCCAUCCAAUAUAUGAUGACCUGGCAUCUGGGAGAGGCAUGACUGAUGACAUUUUUGAUGAGACCUACCGUGAGAAAGAAGGCCCCAAGCCCGUCACAGUAUAUGUCUGGAGGAACAUCAUCCUUAUGUCCCUGCUCCAUUUUUUUGCACUCUAUGCCCUCCUUCUCAUUCCUUCCACAAAGCCUCUUACCUUGUUGUGGGCAUUUUUAUGCUUCAUCUUGAGUGGUCUUGGAAUCACAGCUGGAGCACAUCGGCUUUGGAGUCACCGGUCUUACAAAGCCACCCUGCCUCUUCGAAUAUUCUUAGCUGUUGUUAACUCCAUGGCUUUCCAGAAUGAUAUUUAUGAGUGGGCCAGAGACCAUCGUGCCCACCACAAAUUCUCUGAAACAGAUGCAGAUCCCCACAAUGCAAGUCGGGGCUUUUUCUUUUCUCAUAUUGGCUGGUUGCUGGUACGAAAACACCCUGAUGUCAUAGAGAAGGGACAAAAGCUGACUCUCGCUGACCUGAAGGCUGAUAAAGUUGUGAUGUUCCAGAGAAAGUUUUACAAGCCCGCUGUGGUGAUCAUGUGCUUCUUGAUACCUUCGCUUGUGCCUUGGUACUACUGGGGAGAAUCCUAUCAUAAUAGCUUCUUAAUAGCUGCCAUCCUUCGCUACACAGUGAUACUCAAUGCUACCUGGUUGGUGAACAGCGCGGCCCACAUGUAUGGCAACCGGCCCUACGAUCGACAUAUCAACCCCAGACAAAACCACUUUGUUGCAUUUGGAGCCUUAGGUGAAGGCUUUCACAACUACCACCAUACUUUCCCCUACGAUUACGCAACCAGUGAAUUUGGCACAAGGUGGAAUUUCACUACAGUUUUCAUUGAUUGUAUGUGUUACCUUGGCUUGGCAAGUGACUGUAAGAAAGUGUCCAAGGAGCUCAUCUUGGCCCGUAAAAUUCGGACUGGAGAUGGUAGUCAUAAGACUGGUUGAUGUUCUGGUUUCAGCACUUCUCUUGUUUUCCUUUUUUCCCCCCAAACAACCUGGGCAUACAUUCAAUGUUCUGUCUACUAAUUAGCAAGCAAUGCUUUCAAGAUGCUCAAAGUGAUGACGCUAACCCAUUCCAGUAUUGUACUUUGAAACAAUGUCUGUAGGCCUUUAAUAUUCUAUUUAAUUAUCUAGGGGACUGGUUUGUCUCUGUUGUUGUUCACUCUUAUGCUCAUGUUCUCCCCCCUCCCUUUUCUUUCUUUGCAACAUUAUAAACUGUUCAAGUCUUUUCACCCAUGGUUUGGUUGCAUCUGAUAUGGGGAACUGAGCUGUCAGCAUGGCGCCAAAGUAAGGACUAUCACAUCUUGAUUGCCCUGCUUCCUGCCUCUUUAAGCUUAGAUAAAAAGAAGAGGGAGCUUUUCUAUCUUCUAUUAUUAUUAUUAUGUAUUAUUAUUAGUAGUAGUAGUAGUAACAGCAGCAGUAGCAGUGGAGAGAAACUAUGUGUUUGAUACCUCUGUGAGAUUCAGUUCUCCUUUGGUGGUUGAGAAAAGGGUGGAUGUUUGAUGUAAAGGCUAUUGAUAGAGUGGGAAAGGAGGACGCCUUUUAUUAAGGAUAGCAGCCAAGGCUACAAGACAGGCCCAAAGUUAGAGGCAGUUUUAUUAGCUGGAACUGGGGAAACUGUCUUCCUCCAUCAGCACACAAAUGUUGUGAUUGCUGUUUCCCUACACCCCAGCACUAACCUAGGAGCCAAGAAGUCUAGGCAGGGUUUUAAGGUUGUUAUGUGACAAACCUGGACUAGGGAAAACAGAGAUGCUUUAAGGGUAAAAAAAUAAAUACACUAAAGGGAAUCUUCUUAAAAGGAAGGCGAGAGUGGAAAGGAAUUGAACCAAAGUUGCAUCACAGACUUAAGCUGCUUUAUGUGCUGGAGGAAUGAGUUUCGCUUUAGAUAAAGAGAGAGGUGUUUGCAGGUACAGCCAUUCUGUUCAGCACAACACAGCAGCUGAAAUACAAAUUUGGCACUCCAAGGACCACUAAAGGGCUAAGAAAUAGCUACAUUUCUCUUUGGAGGAGUUUUACAAUGUAUCUGGAUGAUCUAGGAAGUAUUUGUGUUGUCAAAGGCUUUCAUGGCCGGAACCACUGGGUUGCUGUAAGUUUUCCAGGCUGCAUGGCCAUGUUCAAAAACGUCAGGAGAGAAUGCUUCAGGAACAUGGCCACACAGCCAGAAAACUCACAACAACCUAGGAAGUAUUUAUUUCUAUGAUUUCUUUUAUUCCUUUAUCAGGUAGCAACUUCACUGCUGCUUAUAUUUAGCUUUCAUUUCACUCUUUCUUUGGAACUGACAAAUACUUGGGGAGAAAAUGCCUUUCACCUCGCCACAUCUCUCCUUGGCAGAGAGCAGCUGAAAGGUGAGAGAGGGGCUGCUAGUAGCUGAUAGUAUAUUUGGCAUGAUGUCAUAGAGGAUACUCGUUUUGGUAUAUAGGUUAUCAAGAAAAGAGGGUUAUAUAUCACACUUUCUUCAUUAGUGUACCUUUGGGCCCAUCUACACUAACCAUAUAAUGCAGUUUGAAACUAGUUGAAACUAAUUUCAAACUGAGAUGGCUAGAUGGCACACUACUGAAACAUGCUACAACAACACAGGUUAAAGGCUUUAAAGCACGUUAAGAAAAGUUAGGAUAAGCCCCUGGAUGCACCUCAGUGAACCCCAAUUGUACAGUAAAAGUGGCUCCACAGAUUGUGAAGCAUAUUGUAGACAUCUGUACUGAAGGGCUUUAUAAAAUUCAGAAUGCAGGACUACAGGGCUGCUGAAAAACGCUCAAGAGCUUGGCCAGGCACCAGAAGGCCGGUUGACCCCCUCAGAUGGGCAUUGAUUACUUCCAAUGCUAACUAUCGCUUCUUGUUUCUUCCUGGUAUAUUUCUGGUGUGCAGCUUGCUGUGAAAUGAGAAAAAAAAACAUAUUCUCUGGUGGAUGCAAAGCUACAGAUAUUGCAGAUUCUGAAAUCAGUUUAAUGUAAUAAUGUUCCUGGCCUUAAACCUCUUCCAGAUGUGUCAGUCUAAUCGUCUGCACAGCAAAAUCAGUUUCUGUAAACUGGUUCCAAUCUGACCUAACUGGUCAGUGUAGACGUGCCCCUUGUUCGCCCUUCCAGUUGAGAAUCAUUGUGCCUACAAAGUCCCUUUCUGCUUAAUAUCUAGUCACAUAAUUAUAAGAGCUGUGAUUCAAGUAAUGUAAAAAUCCUAGAUUAUAUAUAAUGUAUUAAUUUAUCUAACAAUAUGUCAAUAGUCAAUUAAUAUGUCUAUUAAAGAGAAGUUUGUACUAGCUCUUGAUUCUCAACUGAGAGUUUUAGCAUAAGGUUUCAUAUUUUACUUUCCAUAAGAAUAGAACAGUUCAUAGCUCAGUGGUUCUCAAACUGUGGGUCCCCAGAUGUUUUUGCCUUUAACUUCCAGAAAUCAUAACAGCUGGUAAACUGGCUGGGAUUUCUGGGAACUGUAGGCCAAAACCCCUGGGGACUUAUGGGUUGAGAACCACUGUCAUAGCUAAUAUACUGACACUCUCUUUGAGGUUUAUGUUAACUGGAUACGGAAAGGAUUCUGAGUCAGUCCCAUUUACACCAACAUUAACUGGCAUAACAGUUAUUGGACAGUUGUGCUCUGCCUUUGUAUCGGUUUACCUUAUAUGCUCAUGUAUAAGUCAACCUCAUAAGUAGAGGUGAGGUUUGCGGACGAAAAUUAUGGAUUUUGAUAUGACCCAUGGAUAAGAUGGGGUCAUUCUGCAGUGGGAAAAGUUCCUGCACCACUGCAAGGGGCCAUUGGUGGAGAGCAUAUGGAGGAUCAAUGCUUCUUUUGGUGUCUAUCACGAAGGACUACAUUCUUGCCUUUCACCACUCUACUCAGAAAAAGAGAUGGUUCCUUUUUUGGAUAAGAGUUAAGGCACACUAUUUACAUUGACCCAUGUUUUAGCAGUUGAUUUUUGACUAAAAUUACUAGACUUAUACAUGAGUAUAUAAUGUAUUUAAAUUUGAAGUAUUCACCAGUUAAGUUAAAUAACAAUCAAAUUUCAACCGAAUAGAAAUCGAAACACAGUUAAAACCCCAUCUAAGGACCACCCUUCUGCUCUGAAAAAUUAUUUGGGCUGUAUUAAAGAAUCAGAUUUUUAGACCAAAUGCAAGCCUAUGCAUUUUUGCUCUGAAGUAAAUACAUUUGGUAUUUCACUUUUGCAGGUUUGACUUUUGCAGAUAUGAUUUUUUUUCUAGGCGUCUCUAUAUUUGCUAGUGUGACUAUGGUCAACUUCCAACAGAUGUUGACCAUAGAGACAUGCUGGAAGGCCUAAAGAUUCCUAGAGGUAAUCCUUCUCUAAGAAACUGUAGCUCCUCUAUUCCAGUGGUUCUUAACCUGAAGUCCCCAGGUGUUUUUGUCCAACAACUCCCAGAAAUCCCAGCCAGCUGGCCAGCUGUUAGGAUUUCUGAGAGUUGAAGGCCAAAAACAUCUGGGAACCCACAAGCUCAGAACUACUGGACUAGAUGAAUCCUGGCCCAGUCUCAUCCAUCUUCUAUGUAGACAUUGUUGAAUUUGAGUAGAACAGACACCCAAGAAGAGGAAAGGUCUUCUCUGUUGUUAUUUUGUACUGUGGAGGGUGACUUUCAGCUUACACAUGUGCAGGAGAGACUCUCCAAAAAUAUUUCUCUGCAUAAAAAGAGCAGUAGAAGUUUGCAGGAUGAAAGUUGGAUUUUCUUUCGGUCCUUUUUCCUGAGUGCUGUUAAACUUUGGGCUUAUCUACACUACCUAAACAUCCAAACUCACCUCAGAGUGAAGGCUGUCUUUCUUCAUGAUGAAGCUUCUUCAGAAACUUCCAGGAUCUUGAGAAAGGGUUUUGGUGUUGUAUUUAAAUUGGCUGUGCUCUGUUUUAGGAAAAGUUGGGGAUACUGGAAACUCUGGAGCAUCCUGCAGCUUGAAGGCAGUCUGGGCAGCUGGAUUAAGGCUGAUGUGGACUAAUCUUCUGCCCAGAAAGGAAACCACCACCAGCAGCCUUUCCCUGUGCCCAGCAUCGUUGCUGCUUCUCCUAGCUGGCCAUGGAGCACCCUAAGCGCUUCUGACCAUUUUAGUUGCCUGUACUGACAUCAGAACAAAAUACCCAGGUGCCCAGCAUGAAGAAUGUGGUAGCAAUUCCCCUUCCUUCUUGAUAGCUUGAUUGCUUGAUUGCCUUGUUUUGAUAUCACACAACCUGCCCAUCUAUCCUCCUUUCUGUUAGCCUUCGGCGAUAUCCGAAUGGUGGGACGCCCAUGUAAUCAGGAUGCAGGAGGGAGGUUAACCCUUCUUUGUGCUUGUUACAUGUCACCAGAGGUGUCUGCAUGGCCAAGAGCUUGCACUGAACUCUGGCCAGCUAAGAACAGCAGCAGUGGAAACAUAGGAGGUUGGGUGCACACCAACCCAACAAAUCAUGUGUGAUCCCUGGCCAUGUAAAUAACGGCCCUGGAUUUGGCAUGAUGGCACUGGGCUAAACUGUCAGGUGUAUACCUUACGAGGGCUCUGUAUUGGAUCAUACCCUGAGCAACCUUACAUUAAGAUUAGUUACUUGGCACUAAAGGUGAGGUUUUUUUUUUGUUGAACCAAGUUUGCUAAAUACUGAUUGUAUUACCUGAGGCACUUCAUUUUUUAAAAGAGGAGUACAAGGAACUGAAAAACCCUUAUUCACUUCGUUUAUUUCACUUGUGAAGCUAGAUAUGCGGGAAGCUACGAUCUCAGGCAGCCUUGACUCUCCUGUACACACUUCAGUUUUUCUUUCUUUUUCCUAAGUACAUCUUCAGAGAGUCAAGGGAAACUCUUUUGCUGAGAGCCACUUUGGGCCUCUGCACACAUUACAGCUUUUGCUGUGCAAUUAAAGUUAGAUACACUUCUAAAAAUGUAAAGUGUGGAAAGGACAAAAGAAUGUACUUCAUGCAGGUAUUCAUGUCAAAAGGCCAGUACUGGUUAUAUUUUCCUCUUCAGCAUGCACUUAAUGACAAAUCCAAAAGUAUUGUGAUGUGGCACUCAUUUUUAUGGAGAGAUUCAUAGAGUGGGUUGUUCCCUCCACAAAUGUGUACUGAACACGACAUUGGUACUGAAUGUCUAUUCGUAUUUCUGAAUCCGCUGACUUGGCUUUCACAAGCCAGUUAGUUGUGCUCAUUUGUGGCAAUGCAAAGUUAAAACCAGGGUUGUUUUCCACUAACAAUAAUACCAGGCUACACAUAAGAUAUAAAAUGGAUGCUUUUUCCAAACUGGUCCUGGAAGAAUAACAAUAACAACUCUUUUCUGUAAUCACAAUGGCCUUUCACUCAUGCAAAUAUAUAUUAGUGCUGUUGAGUUGUGAACUCAUAUUGACUAUGGUUGUAGUGUGAAAGUAAGCAAACAGUUCCCAGACUUUAGUAAAUGGUCAACUAUUUUGAUGUGCCUUAAGGUUUUCUUUAACAUACAUAGGAGUAUCAAGAGCUCUUGGCAGUAUUUUACAUCCAUCUGUUCUAAAUUAUUUCUGAAGAGCCUUUACAGAGGUAUGUUUAUAUUAACUACUCACUUGAAAUAAAUUGUGGGUACAUGGGUGUGUUUUGAUAUUUUUAAUGUAGUUGUUAAGAAAUGGUUAUAUCAUUUAAGUAGAGACUUGUUUGCUUUUCUUAGUGUGUAAUGCUGAUUAGAUCUAGGAUACCUUUUCCUGCUCUAGGUGCUUCCAAUGGAGGCUUUGAGUGUGCAGUGCCUGUGCCAUAUUUGCAUGUUUUACUUUUUACAGAAGACUCCAGACAGAUCUGCUACCCAUUUGUAAUCCUUCCAGGUUUUCUUGUUGUUUUGUCCCCCCCCCCCCCCAAAAAAAAAAAAAAUCCACUAAGAGAAAAAAAGAGCCGAACAAUGCCUUUUCAGAGGCAUCUGUCUGGAAGCAUCCUCUGUGUUUUGCAGUUAUGCAGUGAGUAAAAAAUUGGACAGGCAAUUGAAGCAAGCCAAAGAAACAGUCUGGAAAUUGGGAAUCCAGGGUUGCUGGUCUUAGUUGUUUCUUAGAUUCAUUUUGAGAGCAAUAGACAAGUCCUUUCUGUUCUCUUUUGCUUGCAUUUCCUUAUGUACAAAAGGACAACUUUCCUGCAAGCUCCCAUCUUUAAACGGGUUUCUAAUAUGGUGUAACUCUUCCAGAGCCUGAUAUGUGAAGAUGUAAGUCACUCUUUUAACUAUUUGAUAUUAAAUUGGCUUGUAUCUUUGUCCUGCUUCUCUGGUUUAUGAGUGAAAUGAAGCAUUUGUUAGUAACAUUCAAGUAGCGGUAAUGCUGGCAAGCAAUCAACUGCAGAAGUAUAAACAAAUUCCUUGCCCUUGUUUGAAUCUGGAAAACCAAAUGCCUGUAGAGACUGUGAAAAUUAAUGUGAAUUGUCUAGCUCUGAUGUUCUUGAAGUGUAUGUAGAAUCUUUGCUUUUUCAUUUCUAAUAUUUUUCUGUUUAAUGUAAUAAAAUAAUUCUAAUAUUGAACUCAAUGGCUUAUUAUGCAGAUCUGAACUUUGUUUUUUCCCCUGCUUAUAAUAAAAUGGUUGAUUUUUCAAAAUUGA